AUGAGGACCGCGCUGAAGUACAUGGAGAGGCAGGGGGCGCCUGUCGACGUCUGCGACAGCCGUUGCCUGGGGUUCACCGUGCUUGAGGAGCUGGACUUCGGGCGGCCAAUGCUGGACGUGUUCUUCUCCCUGCGGCACGACGAAGGCCUGCGGUUUCCGAAGCUGUACUUGGUUAAUGUACUGAUCCACAAUGGGACAGUCAAUCCGCACCAGCUGACGUCUGAGUUCUUCAGUUUGCUGAGGAGGGCACGUGAAGAUGUCAAUGUUGCUGCGUUGCCAGAAUUGUUUGGUACAAAGCUUCAAGUUUGUAGUAAUCCAUGCUUGAGGUUGAAGAACGCGCAGGAUAGGGCGACCAAGAAUCUCAAUCUUCUCUUUCGCCGGAGCAGCAGAAAGCUUGGUGAUUACAAUGCUGAGCCUUGUGAGGUCAAUGAGUAUCUUGAAGAUGUCAUUCAUAAUGGAUACAAUUCCUCUGAUGGAAUUGGGAUGAUCAUGCAGGACCUUGCAUUAGAAGUUGCCGAGAUGUUACCAUUGACGGAUAACUAUGCCCCAUCUGCUUACCAGAUUAGAUAUGCAGGGUUCAAGGGUGUUGUAGCUGUCUCGACGGGACAAAAUGAUGGGAUGCGGAUGUCUCUUAGGCCAAGCAUGAGGAAGUUUGAGUCUGCACACUCUGUGUUAGAAGUGGUAUCCUGGACAAAGUUUCAGCCAGCUUUCUUGAACCACCAGAUUAUGACAUUGCUGACCAGCUUGGGUGUCCCGGAUGCUGUUUUUUGGCAAAUGCAGGAAGCGAUGCUAGGCAAUCUCAAAAGGAUUUUAUCAAACAACAAUGUGGCGUACAAGGUUGUGACAAACUCAUGUCAUGAGCAUGGAAGUACCGCGGGACUGAUGCUGAGUGCUGGCUUUGCUCCUGCAACUGAGCCACACCUGAGGGCAAUGCUAUUGGCCAUCUGCGCCUCACAGAUGCAGGGUCUUUUGGAUAAAACAUGGAUUUUUGUGCCAAAGGGAAGGUGGUUGAUGGGCUGUCUUGAUGAACUUGGGAUCCUUGAGCAAGGACAAUGUUUUAUCCGGGUCUCAGCACCAUCACUCAACAACUGUUACGUGAAUCGUGGUUUGAUAUUUCCGUCGGAAUACAAAAACAAUGCAGAGAUUAUUGUUGGUACAGUUGUAAUGGCGAAGAACCCAUGCCUUCAUCCAGGGGAUGUUCGUAUCCUUGAAGCGGUGGAUGUCCCUGAACUGCAUCACCUUGUUGAUUGCUUGGUCUUCCCCAAGAAAGGGGAGAGGCCACACGCCAAUGAAGCUUCUGGUAGCGAUCUUGAUGGCGACAUCUACUUUGUGACGUGGGAUGAAAAUCUUGUACCUCCCGGGAGAAAGAGCGGCGCCCCUAUGGACUACUUCCCGGCUAAAACGAAACAACUACCACGUGAAGUACAUCAAUCUGAUACCAUUGAUUUCUACUUGGAGAGCAUGGUAAACGACAACCUUGGUCGAAUAUGCAAUGCUCAUGUUGCUCAUGCUGAUCGGAGCGAUGAUGGAGCAAUGGAUCCGAAGUGCAUUCAGUUGGCCGAACUCGCAGCUAUUGCUGUGGACUCCGCGAAGACUGGGGAAAUUGUGAGAAUGCCACCAUCCCUUUCACCAAAAGAAUAUCCUGACUUCAUGGGAAAGGAGGAUGCCAUCUCCUACAAAUCGAAAAAGAUCCUUGGAAGGCUUUAUCCAUCAAUUCUAGGGGAAAAUGGCGAUGAUUUUGUGUCACAAGGUACAUGCAUUUCAAAUGAGACUCCCUAUGACAUUGAUCUAGAAGUUCCUGGUGCCUUAAGUUUACUUGAGGAUGCUUGGCAAUGUAAGUGCCUGUACGAAGCACAGCUAAAUACCCUGCUCAGUCAAUAUGGUGUGCGUAGUGAGGCUGAGCUUGUGACAGGGGAGAUAUGGUCACUUGUCGGAUAUAACAAGAAGUAUCAAUAUCAAUUAAAAGAGAGGCUCAACUACGCAUAUUCCAAACUCCACCAAGAGUUCCGAAGUAUCUUUGAAAGCAUUGAUGUCUCCUAUGGUGACAACAAAAACCUAACAUAUGAGAUGAAGGCAUCCGCGUGGUACCAAGUAACGUAUCACCCUGAAUUUAUCCGAUUAAGGGAGCCUGAUGAUGAGAAAACACCCGCAAGACUUAGUUUUGCAUGGAUUGCAGUUGAUUACUUGGCACAAAUAAAGAAAAAGUGUCUUGGAGAAAUGAAAGUUGAAGAGGGAAGUUCCAUUUGCAUUAUCUUUGAGCGUGGCUGCAGUUCGCGAGGUACAAUCAUUGCCGUCGUUGCUGAAAUUUCAUCGAAAAAGGUGCCGGCGUGGCUCUGCGGUGACGGCGCGCCGGCGCUGGUGCUCGGGCCGGCGGUUCUUGCGGCCAAGAUCGCCGCGUGCUGCGUCUGCGCGGCCUUCUACUACGAUUGCCGGAGGCGGCAUGACAGGGUCAGUGACGGUGGUGGUACAUUGAAGCUUGAAGGGAUGUCGAAAUGCUGUGAGAUUGAUGCUUGGGACAUGGCAGAUGAAUGA